GUCAAGCAUGGAGCUCUUUUAUUAUUUCCAGAUGCCUCCGCUCCCUCUUCUCUCUUCAAUUCCCCAGAAUUGCCCUCCAUCAUGGCUCGACCCGUCCCUGCGGUCGUCCGCCCGUUCGCCGUCUGGCGGCGGCAGUUCUCCGCCUCGUGCUCUCGACCUGCUGUCGACAAGCGCUGCUCCACCGCUGCUGAAGCUAUCACGGACAUGAAGGGCUCCUCCACAGUCCUUGUGGGAGGGUUCGGUUUCUCCGGUGUCCCCAACACCCUGAUCAACGCUGUUCGUGAUCGCCCCGAGAUCAAGGACCUGACCGUUGUCUCCAACAAUGCCGGUAUGCCUGGUGCUGGUCUUGGCCAGCUGCUCGAGUCGAAGCAGAUCAGUAAGAUGAUCGCUUCGUUUAUUGGCGAGAACAAGGUCUUUGAGAAGAUGUAUCUCUCUGGCGACCUCUCUCUGGAACUGACCCCCCAGGGCACCAUUGCUGAAAAGUGCGCUGCUGGUGCUGCUGGUGUCCCUGCUUUCUACACCCCUGCUGCUUAUGGAACUAUCGUACAAACUGGUGAACUCCCCGUGCGCUACAACACGGACGGAACGGUCGCGGAAUACUCCAAGCCCAAGGAAACCCGCGAGUUCAACGGCAAGGCUUAUAUCAUGGAAGAAUCGAUUUUCGGUGACUACGCUCUGAUCAAGGCCGACAAGGCCGACAAGCUCGGCAACUGUCAAUUCCGCAAGGCCCAGAACAACUUCAACGAGGCCAUGGGCAAGAACGCCAAGUACACCAUCGUCGAAGCCGACCAGAUCGUCGAGGUCGGUGAGCUCCGCCCCGAGGAAAUCCACCUGCAGGCCAUCUACGUCAACAAGGUUAUCCAGAGCCAGGAAAAGAAGCAGAUUGAGAAGCUCACCUUCGCCAAGGAUCCUAGUGAGAUGCUCCAGGCUGGCUCUGGCGAGGCCACUGCCCGUCGUGAGCGGAUCGUCAAGCGUGCUGCUAAGGAAUUCCAGGACGGCAUGUACGUCAACCUCGGUAUCGGAAUGCCUCUUAUCGCUCCCUCGUACCUCCCCGAAGGCGUCGAAGUCUUCCUGCAGGCUGAGAACGGCAUCCUUGGUCUGGGCGGCUACCCCCGCCCCGGCGAGGAGGACCCCGACCUCAUCAACCCCGGAAAGGAGACCGUCACUCUGAGCAAGGGUGCUUCUCUGUUUGGAUCCCACGAGAGUUUCGGCAUGAUCCGCGCUGGCCGCAUCGACAUGACCAUGCUUGGUGCUCUGCAAGUCAGCCAGUACGGAGACCUUGCCAACUUCAUGCUUCCCGGUAAGGUCAAGGGUGUUGGCGGUGCCAUGGACUUGGUCGCCAACCCCGAGAAGACCAAGGUUAUUGUCACUAUGGAACACACCGACAAGAAGGGCAACGCCAAGAUUCUGUCCCAGUGCUCAUUCCCUUUGACUGGCCCCCGAUGCGUGUCCAAGAUCAUCACCGACCUGGCCGUCUUCGAGGUCAGCACCACCGACGGCCUCACCCUCGUCGAGCACGCCGAGGGCGUAACCGUCGACGAGAUCCGCAGCAAGACAGAAGCCCCGUUCAAGGUUGCGGCUGACCUGAAGCCGAUGCUCCGCCUCUCCCUCCCAUUCAAGCCCAAUGGCAUCACCAUCCGCGCCCUGACCACAGCCAGCAACACCAACACCAAGAACAAGAACAAGAAACUCCCCCUCGCGGGUCUAAAAGUGCUCGAUCUCAGUCGCGUCCUAGCAGGGCCAUACUGUACCCAAAUACUAGGCGAUUUGGGCGCAGAUAUAAUCAAAAUCGAACACCCCGUUCGCGGCGACGACACACGCGCCUGGGGGCCUCCCUACGCACCCUAUAUCGACGGCCGAGAAGGAAACGGCGAGAGCGCAUACUACCUCUCUGUAAACCGCAACAAACGCAGUCUCGCGCUGUCAUUCGCAACGCCCUCGGGCCAAUCCAUCCUGCACAAACUGGCCAAAGAAGCAGAUAUCCUAGUGGAGAAUUACCUCCCGCAUAAUCUGAAGAAAUACGCGCUGGACUAUGAGACAUUAUCCAAGAUAAACCCGUCGCUGAUAUACACCUCCAUCACGGGGUACGGCCAAACAGGGCCAUACAGUAACAGACCCGGAUUCGACGUGAUGGUCGAAGCGGAGUUUGGGCUUGCGCAUCUGACAGGGAGUAGGGAUGGUCCACCGGUGAAGGUUGGUGUUGCAGUUACGGAUUUGACGACGGGGUUGUAUGCCGUGCAGAGUAUUCUUGCGGCGCUAUGGGCGCGGAGUCAGAGUGUUGAGCCUGGGGAUGGGACUGGGGGCAAGGGCGAAGGGCAGCAUCUGGAUGUCUGUCUGAGUGACUGCCAGGUUGCGACGCUGGCGAAUAUGGGCGAGGGCGUGUUGGUUUCGGGGGAGAAGGAUACGGGGAGGUGGGGGACUGCGCAUCCAUCCGUCGUCCCCUACCAAUCCUUCGCAACAAAAGACGGCGACAUCUUCGUCGGCGGCGCAAACGACCGCCUCUUCGGUAUUCUGUGUGCGCGACUGCAGAAACCAGAAUGGGCCAGUGACCCGCGCUUCCUCACAAACACAGACCGAGUCACGAACCGCACGGCGCUGGAAUCGCUGAUCGAGGCGGAAACGAGCAAGUCUACGACAUCGGAAUGGACGGAGCGCUUCGAGGGGAGCGGGCUGCCCUUUGCUGUUGUUAACGAUGUCAAGCAGACUAUGGAGCAUGAGCAUGUCCGCGCGAGAGGGAUGGUGCAGACGAUUGCGCAUCCGGCUUGUGGGCCGCUUAAGGUGAUUAGUCCGCCGGUGAAGUAUUCGAGGGCAGAGCCGAGUGUGAGGCGUCCGCCGCCGUUGCUGGGGGAGCAUACGGAUGAGAUUUUGGGGGAGAUUGGGUUUAGUCCGGGGGAGAUUCAGGAGUUGAGGGGGGAGAAGGUUGUUUCUUGAUAGAUGUACUGGAUGAAUAGACUAUAUACUAAAGUAUCUAAACAACUAAUUCUUAGUAUAAAACUGCGUCAUAU